CCAUUAUGCUGCAACCUAAAGCCCAUUAACAUAGUUGUGAAACGCAACAAGCCCUGUAAUUUAAAAUAUGGGACCCACAGCGCCGCGAGUCAGUUGUUCUAUUAAUUUAGCAACCCUCAAUUAAUCGAUUCUCUCUACUGCAAGGUUUUGAGGAUUGCGUUUCUAUUUGAUAAUUGCGGUGGUUAUGGAGGAUGAAGACGGUGGGAAACGUGUUCGUGCCAAAGGCUACGGUGAAGUUGAUUGGAUAAGCAAUUUGCCAGAUUGUUUGAUAUGUGAGGUACUCUUGUGUCUCCCAACGAAAGAUGUAGUUAAGACUAGUGUGUUAUCCAGUAGAUGGAGAAAUCUCUGGAAGUAUGUACCUGGAUUGAACUUCGGUUAUCGUGAUUUCCAAACCCGCAACGCAUUCCCGAUUGACUACAGCGCAUUCUUGAGUUUUGUCGACCGUUUUCUAGGUUUUAAUAGUCAGUCGCGCUUACAAAGUUUUAGGUUAGAGUGCGAAUUUUAUGGUUAUGAUGAGCCAGAGCCUGGAGAUGCUUUUGUUAGGCGGUGGAUCAACAGUGUUGUUAGACGGAAAGUGAAAUAUCUCUAUGUUUCGGACGAUUCUUGUGAUGUCGUGAUGCCUCCAACCAUUUACACUUGUGAGAGCUUAGUAAGCUUGACGCUCUCUGGACUAACCUUGCCUAGUCCCAAGUUUGUUUCUUUACCUUCUCUCAAAGUUCUCAGUCUAGGAAUUAUGAUGUUCGCUGAUGACGACGAUUUGGCUUUAGAAACGCUCAUCUCACGUUGCCGAGUUCUUGAAAGCUUAUAUCGGGUCGUGACAUUAUAUAUAGAGAGGAAUUAUCUUUGUGAUAAUAUUGAAGUUUUACGAGUGUGUUCACAAUCCCUAUUGAGCUUCACUCAUGUUGCAGACGGUUUGGAGGAACUUGUUGAAGAUUUAUUAUUAGUUAUAGUUGAUGCUCCUAGGCUUAAGUUUCUGAAUCUCAGAGAUGGUCGAAUUGAAAAUUUCAUAUUAAAAAAUCCGAGUUCCCUUGUAAAGGCCGAUAUCGAUACUGAGUUUAACCUGUCUUGUGGAAAGAAGUUCGAUCCAAAUGAUCUGCAAAAAAGAAAUAUGAUUCGUAAUUUUCUCGUCGGGAUCUCUAGCAUAAAAAAUUUGAUCAUCGCUUCGUCUACUCUUGAGGUCAUUUAUGAUUACUCAAGAUGUGAACCACUACCCUUAUUCCGUAACCUAUCUUCCUUGCGUGUUAAGUUCUACGGCUACACGUGGGAAAUGUUGCCAAUCUUUCUUGAGAGCUGCCCAAAUCUACAAUCUCUUGUCAUGGGAUCUACUAAUUAUCAGGAGAAGGAGGGAAUUAAUAUCUUGUCUGAACCUCGGCGUGUCCUAUCAUCAUCUCUCAAGUAUGUCAAGAUAGAAAGGCCACUGAAAGGAGAGGCGAUGGAGAUGAAACUAGUGAGUUACAUACUUGAGAAUUCAACAGCCCUCAAGAAACUGACCCUAUGCUUGGAUGAUUCCAUUAAAAAAGAAGAAUCUGUCAUCUUCAGAGAACUCCUUACCAUUCCAAGACUCUCUACAUCAUGCCAAGUUGUCGUUCUUUGAU